AUGGAGGUGUUUCAAAAGAUGUGGCAGUACAUGGAGUCGAACCCAGAUGUUUUCGUUGCCAGUGUUGAAAAGGGCGUGGAACGCGUUCGUUCAUCAAACAAAGACUAUGCCUUCCUUCUUGAGUCCACGAUGAACGAGUAUUAUAACCAACGCAAACCAUGCACCACUAACAAGGUGGGUCCAAACCUCGACAGCGGCAAGGGUUAUGGAGUCGCCACGCCGCCCGGUUCAGAUCUGCGCGAUCGUAUCAACCUGGCAGUCCUUGAGCUGAAGGAGCAGGACAAAGUCACCCAGCUUUAUCGGAAAUGGUGGGAAGAGAAAGGCGAAUGUGGAGAGAUGGAAAAGUCGGGCGAGGUGAGUUAA